AUCCCACAGAAACUUCAACGAAUCGUGGAAAACAAGUUCUUAUCGCAAGAAUUUUGUCGAUUUUUCGUAUUGUGCAACUCGAAUUGCUUGUGCCAGAAAACAAAGUGGGGGCGACUGAACGUUUUCGUGAACAUUGUGGGCCCUGUUUCGGUCAGAAAAUUCAGGAAAACCGCCUAUCAAAGGAUUUAUCACCCGGCUGACAUGGCUGCCAAAGCUAUCUCGAUAGUAAGUGCGCGCAAGAUAGUUUCUGGCUUGAACAACAUUACACCCUAAAGUGGUGCGGAUUCACCACCCUCCCUUGUGCAGUGUAUACCGAAAUCAAUGCAACAGUGUGAGAGAUCCUGCGAUCCGUAGUAUCCUGGUAGCAAAGGAGUGGGAGUGUCUAGGAGUUCAAAAUUCAAAUCUCCUCGAAAAACUGGACUACCGGCCGAAUUCGAAAACGAAAAAAAGAAUAUACCUGAAAUUAUUCCAGGAAUGUGAGGACUCUGGAGACGAUGACGGACCAAGGUGCAGCCUGGUUCGGGCGUUGAUCAUCCGACCACAUGGCCAACCAUGGAGGGCCCGCAUCCCUGCCGCGCGCUCACCGUCCACGGGCGCAAAUCAUGAAUAAUCCGCCGAUCACGGCCCCCCUGGCACCGCUGCGAUCCGCGCCCCCUGUUACGCUAACGAUUCCAAGGCCCGAAAAUGAGCGGGCCACCAACGAGUACGUGGAGACGCCCUUCCGGACGAUCCUGUCGCCACCGCCGACGCCGCCUCCACAGCCGCCUAGAACGCUACAACGACCUACUCGGCUGGCGUUGCCGCCCCCACCUCCUCCCGCCGUCACCACCAAGCAGCCGACGGCGACGACGACUUUCAGCAAGGAGCCCCUUCCCGUCUGUGCCACGAGGCCCUCCAUCAUGUGCCCCGAUUGCGGAAGGUGCAGGUGCGACUCCUGCCAGCAGCCGAGGCCGCUGCCCCAGAAGUGGGUCUGCAACAACUCCUGCCUCGUGUCCGCGGACAGCGUCAUUGACUACUGCUCGUGCUUGUGUUGUGUCAAAGGACUGUUCUACCAUUGCAGCGAAUCGGACGGUGACGAAAGUUGUGCGGACGAUCCAUGCGGUUGCGGCGUGAACCGCAGAGCGGCCAGGUGGAGCUGCCUGGCCGCCCUUUCGUGCAUCCUACCCUGUUUGUGGCUCUACUGGCCUCUGCGAGGCUGCAAGAGGGCGGUGGAGGCGUGCUACGCGCGCCAUUCGAGGACUGGUUGCAGAUGCCGACCCCCCUUACCGACGCCCGAAAAAAGAUUGUUGGACUCUAGUCCUGACUUUUAGUGCGCGAGUGUGCUCGACUGCCCAUGUGUACCUACCACUCUAACUUUAUUACAAUAUUAAUUUAUUUUUUGUAAAUAAGUGUAAUUUCUAACUGUUUAUAACAAUGAUAUUCCGUGCUUUUUUACUGUGUGCCCUAGAUGGAAAGGUUUAAAAACUAGUCCUGACCCAGGCAGUAGGCUUUUUGAAAAAAGAGGUUUUGAUGGAACAUUGAUUGUCAGUAAUUUAUGGCUUUUUUGCUGUUGAAUACGAAUUUGAAGAUUGUCAACAACCAUUUUGAUGCUAAACAUGUUCCACUGUGAGAAAAUUAUCGUGAAGGUUAAUUCUAUAUAUGAAAUUGAAGAGAAUGUAAUUUCGUUUUUGCAUAUCUAACGUGAUUCUCCUAACAACUAUUUAUUGUGGUAGCGCCGUCGAAAGGUUCCAGAAGACUAUUACUCAGACUUGUCCUUUAGGAACAGUUGAAACCAGCAGCCUAGUACCACUGGUUUCAACCAUAUUGUAUUGAGUUGAACGAUCAUCAUUGUGCAGUAAAAUAUGAACAAUUUUCUGUUGAAGAGAAUUCUUGUUCUUGUCCUGGCAGGAAAUAAGUGCAUCUUGGUCAUCUCGACAGGUAUCUAUCUGUCUACCAAUGUCUUUUAAAAGCUUUGGAAAGAUGAAGUUUUUCCAGGUACUUUGUCAUUUUUUCAAGCUGUGACCUUACUACUGAUGGAGCACCUUCGCUUCAUGUAGAUAUUCACUGAAUGGUUGUGCUGCAACAAAUAAUAAACAAAAUUUUUGUCAGCCUUUGCAAAGAUCCCCAGCUCUUACAAAAAUCCUGCUUAAAUUGUGAAAGUCUGAACAUUCUUGCUUAAAAAAGUUUUUUCCAUGUGGUUGAAACAGAAAAAUUGUACCCACGUUGAACAUUUUUUCAGUUAGACACGUGCAGCUUCAACGUAGUUGUUUUACCUCUGAGGUGAUAAAAACGAGAAUGAGGAUCUGGAGGAUCUAGUAUAAUUUUUUCGCAGAUGACCAAGCAGGACUAUCGAAAAAUAUCCAUAAUAAUAAUGAAAGCUAUCGAUCAAAAAGUGUGAUGACACUGAAAGUAUGAAAAAUAUUAAGCUCCUCACAACUAAACUGAAGAUUGGAGAAAAACCUUUAGUUAGAUAAGUUGAUCAAUUUUAUAUAGAAUGAAUUUUCAUGUAAUAUUUAGUUUCACAAGCAAUUAGAGAAACCGUAACAAUGUAAUUGUUUUCGUUUUCUGCAAAAAGAUUUAUUUGUUGUUGAACUUUUUGAUUUCAGACUCGUAUUCAGCAUUCUAAAAUACUAUCAAUCAAUCAAUCAAAACUGUAACUCAAUGUUCUUUCAUUUGAAAUUUUUUGACGUCUAAUACCUAGAUUAACUUGGAGAAACAAAAACUGUUUCCAAUUCUACCUCUUCAUUUACGCUAGUUGAGAUGUUUUGACGGAGUAUAUGAACUAUCAAAAUUUGACUAUAACAUCAGGUGUUUGAGAUGAGUAAAGAUUCAUUAGCGAAUGAGUAAAUGAUCAUGGAACAGACUACGAAGUUGGGAAGAAUAGCUCACAGAUCUAACUUGCAUUUCUUGGGAGCUGUGAUGAAUUUCUAGAAACAUUACUAAUCAAAGUAAUCAAAGUUUGGACUGAACAGAUCUAAAAACUUAUGAAAUUGAUAACACUCAAAAAGUAAUGAAAGUCACCCGAGCAACAUGACCAAAUUAUUAUAUUAUAUGAAUAUUGAGUUGAUUUCUAAAGGCAUUUUUGGAGUUAUUUUGAACUAAGUUGAUUGGAAGAUUCAAACUGAAAACUUAAAUGUUGAUUGAUGCAAGGUGGAUGUUCCUUCCUUAGAAUAAUUUAUGUGAAAAACUCAGAACCAGAUUCAUUGCUAGGUUAUUUUGAAUCAUAGAUUUUGCCAUGAUACCUUCACCAUGUUUCAAUUAAAUAUGAUUAAAGUGACUCAGAAAACUACUGUUCAAAUGAAUAUUACAAAUUUCCGAUAUUUUCAUGAAAACGACAAAAUAAAUCAAAAGCUCACAGUCUAUAUUGGAGCCUUGUUUCAUUUAUUCAACUCAAAACUGUGUGUGAUAGUUAAAUAAUACCACAAAAAUAUUUUUUAGGGGAGAGGGUAGACCACUAUAUUCAUAUAGAACUAUUCAUAUAGAGUAGCUGAAGCUACUUUAUUUGAAAAAUUUGUCUAGAAAAAAAACCAAGAUACUAGUUUUUGUUUCUUCUGAAGGUUAUAGGAUGAAUACGUCAAAAAAAAUCCCAUUGUUUAUGUCUCAUGAUUGAAGUGGAGCCUAUGAAACCGAGAAGUACCAAUUUCCUAGAUUUAAACUUAACCCCAAAAAAUGUAUUUACGAAUUUUUCAAAAAAAAAAGAUACCGAUAUUCUGAGGUUAGUUGAUAAACAAAUUCUGGUGGAAAAUUUUGAUUACAUUUAUCAAACACUACAAUUUAGGGACAUAACUUUGGUACAUUUGGACACGACAACCGAGUUGUGGCUUUUCUGAGCACUUAGGUCCAAGGUAGUGGUGGAAAUGUGGACAGGGAUGGAAGAAAAAAAGUGUGACGGGCACCGGUGACCAGUAUUAUCUAGUCCAGAGCUGUAAGCAGUCACUUUGGUUGGUCUAUUCGGACCUACAAAAAAAGUUUAACCGAUAAAAUCGAACAGAAAUAUUUGAAUUAGGUUUGUUAAUCGCUUAUUUGCAAAGAAUCAUUGCAAUGAACUUGUACUACGUUUUCUAAUCAUUUGCAGAUUUUUUAAUUCUUAAAAUUGAAUUUUCUUGUGUUUUCGUCUUCGACCACGUAACACUGUCUUAGCAGACCGACUUGAAGUGACUAAAAGUAUGAGUGAGACUGAAUGUUUGUUACGCUCAUGUGUGUUGUCUGUUGUCUUUGGAAUUAUUUGUUGAUUUAUUUUUGCAAAUUAUUUAUUUUUUAUUUAUAUACAUACAGGGUAAGAAAGGAUAGAAACAUUGUAAUGAUCAAGGUGGUCGUUUUUAUUUAUUUCAUAACAUUCUAUACUUUCAUCUCGCUCUUUGUUUAACUUUUUGUACAGAUUGAAUUUUCUAUGACAGAACUGGUCGAAGUAUAUUAAAAGAUGGGCUACAGGAAAUGCGACUGAGGAAAAUUCAUUUUUGAAGACUUCUUAUUUCCUGUAUUUUUGAAAGCAUUGGUUUGCCGUACCUAUACAUUUCCCUGUAAUGACACAAAAAUAAUUCCAGAGACCUUUUGGUUAGCAUUUUUCAAAUAAAGAAAUGUUAGUACUCUUUAUCUACGUAUACUACAACUUACAAAACUUACACAUACGAAAUAUCUGUAUCGCAAUUUUAAUACAAAAAUAUAUGCGAUUAGAUGAAUGUAGGAAAGGAUCACUUUGAACUUCGCAACGGUAGCAGCUUGAAGAAUAAUUCCAAAAAUAUAAUUAUUCAGUUUUUCCAAAACUAAAGACUUUCAUAAAACUUUUCGAAUAGUUUCAUUUCGAUAUCAAUUGCAAUCCCUAGGGAUUUCAAGGGUUUCCGGUUCGUUCUCAACAUGAUGGAGCGUUCAAUAUUAGAACACCUUACUAUAAAUCUUAGGCCUACAGUAAUUUAAUUUAUAUAUUGAUUAUUUCAGAAUUUCACAAAAUGACUAUAUGAUUAUACUAUAUCACAUCUGUAAUAUUGACCACACUGUCAUGUGAAACUUUUUCCAAUUAGAGAACAUUGACGGGUUCUGUGCUAACUACACCGACUUUUAGUUAUGAUUGUCCCACAAGGAACUUCAAAUAGCGAUCUCUCACGUUGGAGUCGCACUUUCGAUUCUUUUUUUUUCAUAUGGAUAUUUUAUAUGAAGAAACAGUGUGCCAUUUUGUGCUUUCAUUUCAUGAAGAACUAUUAUCUAGUCUGUAUUUAUUCAGUUACAGACCGAAAAUUGAUAGUUGGUUUUAUCUUCUGAGUUAUUAACGAAACGGACCAAUCAUUCGAAAACAACGACCUCUCUGUAUGAAUCGAAAACAAAUCUCAAAACUAUUUUUGUUCGCCUUGUUCGAAAUUACAUGUGGGUCUUGGCGAUAAGAAAAUGCUGAUAAACUUGCCUAGUCAAUGUGAUCCUUCAUAAACGCAAUCUAAGGAAUAUUUAAACAUACUUACAUUUAUAUAAAUUAUCGUACAUCGAUCUUGAAUUUUUUAUGAAUCUUCGACAUUUCGCUAUCACUUUUUAAAUAACAAUCGAGGUGAGCGUAUUUAUUUCAAAUAUGCUCUAACCUCUUGUAUCAAGGUCAAAUACAGAGCGCCUCGUCAAAAAUGUGGUUGCAUUCAGCGUAAAAAAAGAGUAUUUCAUGUUAUUGAAAUUGAAGAGAUACAUAGUAAGUUUGCAUAUGUAUAUUUCGUAAUAAUCGGUGUUGUAAUUUUGUUGACGUUACAUUUUUUGACGGGAUGUCUUCGACUUAUUCCAAAAUACAAAUGUUUAGGGGCAACCCGAUAUAAAUGUUUAAGUAACUGUUUAUCAAAAACUUAUAAAAUUAUGUUAUUUCUCAGCUAGAUUGCGCUUUUUUGUAAGUACGGAAAAAUAGAGUUCCGAAAUAAUACUGACAUGUCUGCAAAUUUAUUUUUAUACUUUUGACGAAUCUGGUGGUAUUCCUUCAGAACUCUACAUAAAAUAGGCUUCAUUUUUUACAAUGAUGAAACUUCAUGUUAUGUCGAUUUAGAAAAUACUGCAUCAAAUGCAAUUUGUAAUCGAAACUCUUAAUUGAAUUUUAUCAUUGUGAAUCGGGUUUUAUACGGGGUGAUCUAGAAAAACAUGGUUGUCUUCCAUUUGUCCGGGAAAAUUCACUGUCCUCGGCAGUUUCCAAAUUAUUUUGAUUCCUAGCCAUUUUUUGGAUCACCCUGUAUGAUGGAGGGAAGUACUCUCACUGAGUGCCAAAUGGCGCAAAGCUAUAUAGCAAUUGUAUACAUGUACAUAUGAAACUGUAAUAUUAUUCUCUAAUGUUAAUAACAAAGAUCAACAAAUUUA